AUGGCUAAGAUAGAAGCAGAGAAACAGAGGUUGGAGAUGCAGAAUCACCAAAAACAGCUGGAGUUGGAGACUCAGCAGCAGAUGCUCGAGGCUCAGAACCAGCAAAAACAACUUGAGAUUGAAGCUCAAAACCAACAAAAACAAGUGGAACUAGAAGCACAGAGCAGAAGAAUUGAAGCUGAGUUGCAACUAGAGAAAGCCAGACCAGCUAACUCGCCUACUCCCCUGAACUCUUCUCCUGUAAAGCCAAAGAUUGAGAAACAGCAGACAGGGUUGUCACCCUCAAAUAAUGUAGUGUCUAAACCUGCAGUUGGUUCGGUUGUUUCGACCACUGUCUUAUUUCGUCAACAGAUUGCCGACCUUGAGAUCCAGCAUAUUACAUCUAGUGCCUACCAUCCCGAGUCGCAAAAGGCUUUGGAGAGGUUCCAUCAGACGCUGAAGUGCACCUUACCUUGA